CCCCGAAAGACUAAUGGAUUUUAGUGUUUUGGGCUUCCAAUGUUCCACAAAUUAAAACAGAAUUAUAAUUAAAUACUCCCACCGCCCACGAGAGGGCUCAUUAUCGAUCGCUUAUCGAGAGGGAGUGGGAGUGGGGGUGGGAGUGGGAGUGGAUUCAGUUGGAUAAAGGCCAUGGUUCACCUGUGAGUAGCCUCAGUGCUCGACUGGAAACAACAUGUGGAAGUUAUCUGUGAUUGCUGGCACUUUCCUAAUGGUAAACAAAUGGUUGAAGGUUAAAGGUAACAAAAAGAUGGUAGAACCCCCCACUAAAAGGCCCCAUACCAUUCCACAGUGCGCGGUGGCACAUGUGACAUUCACGAACCUCAAGUGCCAGAUGAUUGACCGGCGGAUCGGGCUGUUUGAAAUGUGCCGGAUCAAGGCAGUGAAUCGAACCCACAAAUAUAUCGAAAUCUACGCAAAGAUCUACAAGUUACCCGUGGAUAAUAUAACUUGCCAAAUCCUUCCCAUGCGUCAUGAUCAUGGCUAUAGGCCGUUCUUCAUGAACCUGACCUUUGAUUUCUGUGGGUUUUUCAGGAGUCUAAGGACUGAGCAUGGCAUCAGGGAGAUCCUGCUCCAAGAACUCUUCCAGACGGUCAAGCAGUUCACGAACAUGAAUCACUCGUGUCCCUACAAUCACGAUUUGGUGAUCUCCAAAAUGUGGACCGGCAAUCUAGAGGCGCGAUUCCUGCGGUAUAUUCCCUUGCCCCAAGGGGACUACAGCCUCUCCUUCUACUGGUUCACCGUCGGCGUUCAUCGAGCGACUGUCCGAGUGUACUUUAGGCUAACCGGCGGCUAAUUACGAACAAUCGUCAUUAUUAUGGC